UAUACAGAGGAAUUUAACAGAUACAGAGGAAUAUUUUUUCUUUUUGGUGUCUGUUAAAGGAAGAAAACGCAUGAUGAGACGAGAGAGAAAUUGAAAAGCAUCAAUCAAUUAAUGAAUCAAAGGAAUCACGGGUUGGUCAGGAAUUGGAAACGGAGGAUGAUGAUGCCUAACUGAAAAUGGAGGACACGGUGAUCAUGUGCCUCGAUUGCUGGCAGCAACGCAUGGACAGCAUUUUUCAAACAGAGAGAGUGCUCGUCUCCUAUCUCCAUCCCCACCCUCAUUCUCCUCUCCCCUUCUCCUCUAGGGCUGUAUGCCAGAUUCAGUUGACUGAGAGGGUGGAUAAGACAUCUAGCAAAGAGGAUACAGCCGAAAUCAUUCUGGUGGCUGUUGCAAAUCAUGAAGGCCAGUGCUUGAGAAAAUACAUAGGUGGACAGGUUUCAGUAAUUGUUGAGGGGAAUAAAUUUGGAAAUGAUCGGAAGGAUCUACCAAGAGAUUCUUGCUGUUGUCUGAACCACAAUGGUGGUGCUUUGGGGGUAGUGGGAUGUCAGAAUCCCAACAUUAACUAUUGUGACAGGCUCCUUUAUUUAAAGAAUAUUGCUACGCUAGGACCGAUUGCAAAUGUUGGUACUGCUUCCUAUGCAGCAAUUAAGCACCUUGUAUGCAACUUCUUAUCUUCCUCGAUUGAAAAUAAAACAUUGGAAUCACUCAAUCUCCUUCUUGAAGGUAAACCAACCCGGGAGGCUGCAGAGUUUCUUCAUUUAGUUGGUAUUCCUGACUUUGGUGAGAGUAUUACUUCCGGUUGUGUCAGGCAUCCUAACAUAGUGCCCAAUCUUGGGCUUCUGAAAAUAGAUGGAUAUAGUUUUAUGUUGUACCCAAAAGCACCUUACACUUUGGAGAAUAUUUUGCACUAUAGCCCUGGGGCAUUAAAGUCUGAUUGGCAUAUUAGAUUUCUUAUGUAUCAAGUACUCUCCGCUUUGGUGCACAUGCACAGUUCAGGUGUUGCCCAUGGUGCUCUAGACCCAUUGAGCAUAAUGUUGAAAGAUUCAUGUUGGUGUUGGCUGAGUUUGUCAGAUGGGCGGUGCUUAAAAAGUCACCUUCUGCACUCUGGCGGCGAAGAAGAGCUUGUUGGUUCUUUGUCGGUAAAGGUAACGUGUUGCAUGCCUCACUGUUCAUGUGAAGCCAUGUAUAGUGAUUUGAAGUUGUCAUCUUCCAUAGAUUGGACUUCUGAUUUCAAGAGGUGGUGGAAAGGUGAAUUAACUAAUUAUGAAUACCUCCUUACUCUGAACAGAUUGUCAGGGAGGAGGUGGGGAGACUGCACUUUCCAUACAGUGAUGCCCUGGGUGAUGGAUUUCAGCGUGAGACCUGAUGAGCACUCUCACUCUGGUUGGAGAGACCUCCAAAAGAGCAAGUGGAGGUUGGCAAAAGGCGAUGAGCAAUUGGAUUUUACGUAUUUAACAUCAGAAGUGCCUCACCAUGUCUCAGAUGAAUGCCUUUCUGAGCUAGCUGUGUGCAGUUACAAAGCUAGAAGGCUUCCCUUGAGUGUAUUGCGCUGUGCUGUUCGUUCGGUUUAUGAACCCAAUGAAUAUCCUGCUACCAUGCAGAGGUUGUAUCAAUGGACUCCGGAUGAGUGUAUUCCUGAGUUCUACAGCGACCCUCGUAUUUUUCAGUCUAUUCAUUCUGAAAUGAGUGAUUUAGCUGUACCAUCUUGGGCAAGUUCUCCUGAGGAGUUCAUUGAAUUGCAUCGGGCUGCUCUUGAAAGUGACCGGGUUUCUCAGAAAAUUCACCAUUGGAUAGACUUGACAUUUGGCUACAAGCUCUCUGGUGAGGCUGCUAUUGCUGCUAAGAAUGUCACCUUGCCUACAUCUGAACCAACAAUGCCCAGGGCUACGGGACGUCGACAACUCUUUUCCGAACCGCAUCCAAUGCGCCUACACUCUUCCUGGAGAAACACACACUAUCAUCACAAACAAGAAAUGAACACUGCAUGUGAGAUUCGAGAAAAUGGAAGCAAGACGAAUUUUAAAGCUAUUGAAGAAGCUGAGGAUGUUAACCAUCGAGGAAUUGAUUAUCUUGAGGCAUUGGAAGCUGCAGCAUCUUUCUGUGAACAUUUCAGGAAUUUGAAUCCGUGCUACACAGUCCAUCCUCAAGGUUCUAUUGAGAAUAUAUGUGAACAGUCAACAAAAGCACGAGCUGAAUCGGUAGUUGUGCAGGCUCCUGUUCAUGAAUCAUCAUGCAUUGGCUUAAAUGGGCUCCUUGAAUAUUUUGAGAGUGAGGAUGAUGAUGAAAAGGGAUUUCAAGAAUUGCUAAUGUGGAAGAAGAAGUCGUCUUGCCAGGGAUCCUAUUCAGAAGAUAUGUCAGGAGAUAUAUUUUCCAUGGGUUGCAUUCUAGCCGAACUUCAUUUGAAGCAGCCACUAUUUGACCCAAUCUCAUUAACUAUGUAUAAGGAGCAUGGUAGUCUACCAGGAUUACUACAAAAGCUUCCUCCUCAUGUUCAAGUCCUUGUCGAAUCAUCACUGGAGAGGGAUUGGAAGAGGAGGCCUUCUGCAAAAUCUUUCUUGGAAUCACCUUAUUUUCCCCCAACAGUCCGGACUGUUUAUCAGUUUCUUGCUCCGCUUCAAUUCAUGGCAAGUCUGGGUUCUCGUCUACAGUAUGCAGCCAAAUUGGCUAGAGAAGGGGCGUUGCGAUUAAUGGGUUCAUUUGCUGCUGAAAUGAGUGUUUCUCACUGUCUACCCCUUAUUGUGGACACAUCUUCAGAUUCUGAGGCUGAAUUAGCAUUUUACCUGCUCAAAGAAUUUAUGAAGUGCCUGAGGCCCCCUGCUGUAAAGACACUUAUAUUACCCGCCAUCCAGAAUAUUCUUCAGACCACAGAAUAUUCUCAUUUGAAGGUUGCUCUUCUCCAAAACUCUUUUGUGCGAGAUAUAUGGAAGCAAUUGGGUAAACAAGCAUAUCUAGAGAAGAUACACCCUUCAGUUAUCUCAAACUUGUACAUGCUACCUCACAAGAACACUGCUUCUGCUGCGUCUGUCUUGUUGAUUGGUUCUUGUGAAGAACUUGGAGUGCCAAUCUCUAUUCAUCAGACAAUCAUGCCCCUGGUGCGCUGUUUUGGAAAAGGACUUGCGGCUGAUGGCAUUGAUGCCUUGAUACGUAUUGGGGGGCUUUUAGGAGAAAAAUUUGUUGUGAGACAACUUCUGCCUAUUUUACGGAGUAUUGCUUCCUCUUGCAUUGCUCUUGCGUACAUGGAUAAGCCGGAGCCUGUGCAGAGCUGGAGUUCUCUAGCUUUAAUUGAUUGUCUUGCCACUUUGGAUGGACUCAUUGCAAUCUUGACAAGGGACGCAGUCAUCAGUGAACUUUUUCAGGACGAGGUCUGUCUCCAUGUUAAGGUUCUGAUGCAGAAACAUCUCGACUUGGUAGUGCUUCAGGUUGCUGCAAAUGCACUUGUGGCAGUUUGCCAAAGGAUUGGACUGGAUGCCACAGCAUUGCACAUCCUUCCACAGCUCAAAGAGCUCUUUGACGAACUAGCGUUUUCACCAGAGAUAAGUCAUGGGCCAGGUUCUCAGGGAUUGAAAGCAAAUGUUGUUAAAUCAAAAUCUGAUGAAGAAGCUCAAAUUGUGAGCCGUUCUGAUCUUGUGUUGUUAUUGUAUCCUCCAUUAGCAUCUCUGCUUGGCAUAGAGAAGCUUCGUCAGUGCUGUACCACAUGGUUGCUUCUUGAGCAAUUUCUUUCUCGGCAUUAUAGUUGGAAGUGGGAACAUGCAGGAGAGACAUGCGGUACAGGUUUAAAGAAUUUGUAUGCACAAAGGCCUCUUCUCAGCAAUAUUCCACCAUCUGAAUAUAAUCCAGCCAAGUUGUUGCUUAAUGGCGUUGGAUGGUCUAUUCCACAGUCUCAGCUGAUGAGAACUGGCAAGAACUCAUUGAAUCAUAAACAACUAGAGGAUCUGCAAUCUGUUGGGGGUCCUGAAGUAUUGACUAGUUCCCACAAACGUGAACCCUGGUUUUGGUUCCCUGGUUCAACUGAUAUUUGGGAAGGUUCUGAUUUUGCCAAUAGAGCUGGUAACCUAAAAGAUGAACUUCCUUGGAAGAUUAAAGCGUCUGUGCUUCACUCUGUUCGUGCACAUGCUGGAACUUUGAGAGCACUUGCUGUUGAUGGCGACGAAUGUACAGUUUAUUCUGGAGGGGUUGGUACUGGAUUCAAAGGUAUUGUUCGAAAGUGGGAAUUACCAGAAAUAGACAGUAUUUCAGGUUAUUUUGGCCACGAGGAGAUUGUCAAUGGAAUUUGUAUAUUAUCUGCUAGUCAAAGGGUGGCUUCUUGUGAUGGGACAAUACACAUCUGGAAUAGUCAGAAUUCAAAGCUCAUUAAAGUAUUCUCAGAACUUGAACUUUCAACAGUUUCCUCUCAUUCAAGUUUCUCAUCUACUGUAUCAAAGGUGAAUACUGAGCACGGGACUGGAAUUAAUGCUGCUCCACUAUCAGGAGGAAUCUUAUCUAAUGCUUUUAAUGGGACCUUGUACACAUGCAUGCAUUACUUGGAAUCUGAUGAUAUGCUUGUAGCUGGCACCGGUUGCGGAUCACUAAGGUUUAUCGAUGUUGCUCAAGAUCGUAAGCUGCACCUAUGGAAGUGUGAAGCAUUUGAAUCCUCCUUUGCAUCUAUUGUGUCUUCUAUUUGUUAUUGUGGGUCUGAUAAGUGGCAAGCUGGGACAUCAUCAUCAUCAUCAUCUUGGAUAGCAGCUGGGUUCAGUUCAGGUCAUUGUAGGCUGCUUGAUAUAAGAAGUGGGAAUCUAGUUGCUCUUUGGCGAGCCCAUGAUGGAUUUAUUACCAAGUUGGCAGCACCAGAAGACCAUUUACUUGUGUCAAGUUCCCUUGAUAGAAAGAUAUGCAUUUGGGACCUGAGGAGAAACUGGUCAGCUCCAUUGCGUGUGAUUAGAGGCCAUUCAGAUGGUAUCUCCGGUUUCUCCAUAUGGGGUCAAGAUAUGAUUUCAGUUUCUGGCAAUAAGAUCGGGAUAUCCUCUCUUUCUAAAUCCUCGGAUGAGCAGCAGAUUUUCCCACAAAAACUGUAUGCAGCUGAUCGUAGUACCAAGAAUAUGUCAGCUCUAUCAAGCAUAUGCGUUCUUCCUUUUUCUCGGCUAUUUCUGGUUGGGAGUGAGGAUGGCCAUCUUAAGACGUGUUGCUAGCUUAAUAGUUGUGCAUUUUGUUAUUAUGCUCCCUCCCUCUUCUUCUUUUUUUUGUUUAAAUGUGGCCUUAAUCUCUCUUCCUCAACUUGUUCCUUUGUUCACCCAAAAUGUUCAGCCGUGCAUCGCACAUUGUGCGGGUGAAUGUUUUUUAAUUUUGGCCAAUGAAUUCGACCAUUUGUUAGGUGACGUUCAAAUGUCGUUGUAAUGAAGCAAAUUCAGAGUCCAUUUAUAGGUCCGCAUUUAAUAGCAGAUGCCCAUGGGUUUAGAA